GAGGAGAGAGAAAGUGAAAGGAGGGAGUUGUGGUAAGAAGAUGUCGAAGAUGAGCUGGAUUAAGGAUGGAUACAAGAAGGUGUCCGACGCCGUCGUAAGAAAAAUAGAGAAUCCGGCGAAGAGCGGCGGCGGCCAUUUUCCGACACUGGAAGGGCACGCCGCCGCGCAGCGGCACGCCGAACAAGUCCUCGAAACGCACGGCGCUCUGAGAGAGAAAAUGAACAACUUGAAAAAGGAAUUCAAGAUUUACAGGUGGAGCCCCGAUCACCUCCACCGGAAGCCCUUUCUGCAAUCCUACUUCGUUGAUCUUUCCAAAUGUGGGCCCAUGGUACUCGAUGUGUUGCAGAAGAUAAAAGGAGAAGAGGAUUCGAGUUUGAGCUACCGAAGGUCGUGUAGAGAAGGGAUAUGCGGUUCGUGCGCAAUGAACAUAGACGGUACAAAUACGGUGGCUUGUCUGAAGCCGAUAGACGCCGACACGAGCAAGCCCACCGUAAUAACUCCCCUGCCGCAUAUGUACGUCAUCAAAGACUUGGUCGUCGACCUCACCAAUUUCUAUCAGCAGUACAAGUCUAUUGAGCCAUGGCUAAAGACGAAAAAGCCCCCACCGGAUGGGAGAGAAUAUAGGCAGAGUAUAGCUGAAAGAAAGAGGCUAGAUGGUCUUUACGAGUGCAUACUAUGUGCUUGUUGCAGUACGUCGUGCCCUUCCUAUUGGUGGAAUCCCGAGCAGUUCCAUGGACCGGCGGCCCUACUUCACGCUUACCGCUGGAUUACCGAUAGUCGCGACGAUUUUACGGACGAACGUUUGCAAGCGUUAACGGAAGACGAGACACGAUUAUAUAGAUGCAGGACCAUAAAGAACUGCACCGCCACCUGUCCUAAAAGCUUGAACCCCGCGAACGCAAUUAAUAAGAUGAAGACGAAACAUUUGCUUUCUCAACCGGUUGAGAAAACCGAAGAUCAAAUUGGACGCGCUUUCGGUGAGUCUUAGCGCAUU